AUGCAGCACCAAAACGAUUAUGAUCUUUUGAUCAUUGGUGCAGGAUGGUACGGGCUUAUUGCCGCCUACACAUACCUCCAGCUAGCUCCCAAGAGCAAGUUCCUCAUUCUCGACGACGGUGACUCCAUUGGCGGCGUCUGGAACUCAGAGCGCAUCUACCCGAAUUUGUUCGCCCAAGUUGGCCACGGCUUAUUCGAGUACAGCUUUUAUCCGAUGAGGAAGGAAGGCCUUACCGAGGACCGAUAUAUCUCAGGAAAGACAAUCCACGAUUAUCUCCAUUCUUUUGCAGAGGAAUACAAUCUUGUCCGUCAUAUACGGUUGCGCACUACGGUUACUGACGCACGGAAGAACGGAGAGAAAUGGACUCUCCAACUCGAUGACAGGAGUAAGACGUCUCAGUGUCAGGUCUCGGGGACGAAACUUAUCGUGGCGACGGGCGUCACUAGUGGUCCCUAUAUCCCUGAGUUUCCAAAUGAGGGUUUCGUCAAGCCAAUCAUCCACUCAUCACAGAUAGGCCCUCAACUGGAAUCCUUGACGGGCCCUGAAGUCCAGCGUGCUACCGUUCUAGGUGCAGCAAAGUCUGCCUAUGAUACGGUCUUUCUCUUGCUGAAGGCGGGGAAGCAAGUGGAAUGGAUCAUUCGUGAAGAUGGCUCGGGGCCCCUGGCAAUCAUGCCGCCGCGACUGGCAGGAUUGCUUAACACCGUCGAUGUCAUGGGAACUCGCGCUCUGGCGUCCUUCAGCCCAGCGAUCCUCAACACUUCUGGGAUAUGGUACCGGUUCUUGCAGAAAACAGCCCCCGGGAACUUCCUGACCAAGAUAUUCUGGAGGCUCGUUGCCUUUAUCGCCGAGUGGCAAGCCGGAUACCACAAAUCCCCUAAUGCAGAGAAGCUCAGACCGAUCCCGAGCGGUUAUGGGAUCUUUUGGGCGAACUCUGGGCUCGGGCUCGCCUCAGCCCCUGAUUUCUGGAAGGUAUUCCACUCCGGCCAAGUAACGGUUCAUCGAACAGAAAUUGCAGGGUUUUUCAACGGCAACCAAGUACAUUUGAAAAGCAAGCAGACGCUAGAAACCGACCAGGUCAUCCUGUGCACGGGCUGGACCGACAACCUGGGCCUGUUCAAUAAGAAGACCCGCGAGGAGUGGGGGCUUCCAUCCACGGCUGAUAGGAGCGAGAAGUGGACCAAGCUGGAUGUCGAAGCAGACCGGAUCGUGUGUGAAAUACUGCCAUUCCUGGCGAAAAAUGCCCCGGAAACCAGAACCAGUUCUUCGCAUUCCAGGCCCUGGCGACUUUACCGACGUCUCAUCUCCCCGCGCAUGGCGGCCAAAGGAGACCGAUCUGUCUUCUUUCCUGGGCAGAUCCAUAGUGUCUACACGCCCCUUGUAGCGGAGAUGCAGGCGCUGUGGGGCGUGGCAUUCCUGACUGGGAAGACUAGAGCUCCCAGAUCAGAAUACAAUGGAGAAAGAAGUGGCUCUGUGGUGCGCGUGGACUCGUCGAAGGUACUUUUCUUCUCACCUCCCGCAUCAUCAGACGUUGGAGACGUGUUUCUGACUUCGUCGCGAGUAGAUAUCUCGAGCAAGGGCGCCGGCAUUCGUAUUCAAUUUACGACUAUCUUGCGGUAG